AUAAAUCCAUGGAGUAACAGGAGUUUUGGGGUGCAGCUUCUAAGCGCUGUUUCCUGGCACCAUCUCUGAAGAUGAGCCAAGACUUCAAGAAGUGCAUUGUAGAAAUAACAUUGUAUUACAAAGAUGCUGCGAGACUGAGUGCUGACCUACAGGCAGACACAAAUAUUUCCAGUCACAAAAGUAAACAGCGAAGCUUCAUUCCUCAUUAGAAGUAGACUGAAUUAAAUUAACGUAUCUAGGAACAUAACAAAUAAAAAAGAAACUGGAGACCACAUAACAUACGUGAAAUUGAUUGUUACAAAAAAACAUUUGUGAAAUCACUUCCCAAACAGAAGCCUUGAGCUCCUGGUUCCUCAUGCUGUAGAUGAGGGGGUUCACUGCUGGGGGCACCACUGAGUGCAGAAAUGACACCACCAGAUCCAGGGAUGGGAAGGAGAUGGAAGGGGGCUUCAGACUGGCAAAAAAAAACACUGCUGAGAAACAGGGAGACCACGGCCAGGUGAGGGAGGCACGUGGAAAAGGUUUUGUGCCGUUCCUGCUCAGAGGGCAUCCUCAGCACAGCCCAGAGCAGUGGCUCCCAUGCAGGGAACUCCUUUGUGCACACCUGAGCUGAACCAGGAGGAAUCCCAGCUCCUGUAGGUGUUGGGUGCAUGGGGGGAGCAGAAUCCUACUUCAACAGAGGGCUUCCAGCUGGGGGUGAGAUGCCUGCGUUCCCUCACUUGAAUCAUUGCCCUGAACAAGGGAAACCCACAGGCCCAUAAUGUCCUUCUGUGUGUGUCCUUCUUGUUCUGGAUGUGCAGAGGAGAACAUACACACUUCACACAGACAGACACACUUUGUGAUGACAAACCAUGCUGAUGGAACCUGUCACUGUCCACUUCUUAGCGAAGGACAACUGGUGAUUAAUUCAGUCUCCCACAGAGCAUGUUCCCCUGGGCUGACCCUGCUGCCUUUCAGGAGCUGUGAGCCCCGGAGCCCAAGGACAUCUCCAAGGGAGCCCAAAGGGACAGGGAAAGGGCGCCUUUGGGCUGUGCCUCUGGUGUUGAGCUUUGCUGUGCUCCUGGGACACAGGGCGCUCAUACAGGUAGCUCGUACAGGAACAGAUCAUACAGUGCAACAGGGCUGAGGGCACUGCCUACAGGCAAUGAGAGGAGAGAAGGGUGAGAGAUCCAGCAUCGUGUGUUAAGGGGGACAAAGCUAUGUUGGCUGGAGAAGCAACGUUCAAAGACCUUAACACGGUAAGGCUCUGGCUGCAGGGCAAUGCGCAAGAGUAUCCUGAAAGUAUUUACUAGACCAGGGACAUACAGUAGUAGAUUAGGCUGGAAACACUCCACAUUUCUUUAUUGCUGACAAGGACUUGCUCCAGAUGAGUUCUUCCCUGCUGCAGCACCAGAGCGUGUCCCAGGACGGCUGCAGGCUGUGUGGCUGGGGCUGCAGCCAAGUGCCCAGGGCUGUCCUGCAGAGCAGGUCCCUGCUGUGCCCCAGGGGCUGUGUGCUGGGGCAGGAACAAUGCCGCCUGCCAGGCUCAGCACUCAGCCUGCCCGGGGAGCUGCCCAGGGCACUGCAGGGAGAUGUGUGGGGGAAGGAGGCCCCAGCAGGUCUGGGGCCUUCUGCUGCCAGAGGCUUUUGCAUGAGGCAGGGGGCUCACAGCUACUCUGCACCCCAGGGCACUGUCAGGGGUAUUUUACAAGAAGGGUGAAGAGGUGUGACAAGGCAGGGAUUUCCUAUUUCGUAUUCAUAGGGAAGGGGAAAAGUUGGGAGGCAAAACUCUAAAAGGAGUUCUGAACUUGGAACACAUCUCUGAGAUUCCUCAAUUGUACUUUUCUCAAUCUGCUGUUUUGUGAACGGUCUCCUGAUGUACUUUCAGCUUCUCCUCUCCCAAAGCACAGUAUCAGCUGAAAUUAUGGUAGUUUUCUGCAGACAAGAACAUGCACUUCUCCUGCAAACAGCUAGCUUUUUCUAAGACAAAUAUAAAUGCUCAGAGAUCAGGAUAGGUACUCUGAGUGUAGUCAGGGUACAGAUACUGAUACAUGGAAAGAUCUUAAGAGGAAAAUCUCCAGGAAGCUGGGAUGUAAUAAGGAAAUGACAGGAAAAUAAAAGCCCCAUAAUCUCCUACUGCUUAUGGAAUGUCAAAUCUCAUGAAAUAAAUCUCAAGUUACAUAGCUGAAUGUACAUUUUCCCAAGAGAAAGUUUUAUAGCUUUGUGGGAAGAGUGUCUAUGAGAAUUGUCAGACGUUGUCAUUAACUUUUGCACUCUGAACAGGACUCCAUGCCUGUCAGCAGCCAAUGCCCAACAGCAGCUCCAUCAGCGAGUUCCUCCUCCUGGCAUUUGCAGACAUGCGGCAGCUGCAGCUCCUGCUCUUCUGGCUCUUCCUGGGCAUCUACCUGGCUGCCCUCCUGGGCAACGGCCUCAUCAGCACAGCUGUAGCCUGCGACCACCGCCUGCACACCCCCAUGGACUUCUUCCUCCUCAACCUCACCCUCCUCGACCUGGGCUGCAUCUCCACCACUCUCCCCAAAGCCAUGGCCAAUGCCCUCUGGGACACCAGGGACAUCUCCUGUGCUGGAUCUGCUGCCCAAGUCUUUCUCUUUCUGAUGUCAGCAGAGUUUUAUCUUCUCACCGUGGUGUCCUAUGACCGCUACAUUGCCAUCUGCAAGCCCCUGCGCUAUGGGACCCUCCUGGGCAGCAGAGCUUGUGCCACCAUGGCAGCAGCUGCCUGGGGCACUGGGAUUCUCUAUCCUCUGUUGAACACCAUCAAUACAUUUUCACUGCCACUCUGCCAAGGCAAUGCUGUGGACCAUUUCUUCUGUGAAAUCCCACAGAUCCUCAGGCUCUCCUGUUCACACUCCUAUCUUAGAGAAAUUUGGGCUGUUGUGGCAGCUAUCUGUUUAGCCUUUGGGUGUUUUGUUUCCAUUCUUUUCUCCUACGUGCAGAUUUUCAGGACUGUGCUGAGGAUGCCCUCUGAGCAGGACCGGUACAAAGCCUUUUCCACGUGCCUCCCUCACCUGGCCGUGGUCUCCCUGUUUGUCACCACUGCCUUUUUUGCCUACCUGAAGCCUCCCUCCAUCUCCUCCCCAUCCCUGAACCUGGUGGUGUCAUUUCUCUACACAGUGGUGCCUCCAGUGUUGAAUCCCCUCAUCUACAGCAUGAGGAACCAGCAGCUCAAAGAUGCAGUGACAAAACUUAGAAGAAUCCCACAGUAUACUAGAAAAUAUUAGGACAAUAUUUUGUUACUACUUGCCUUUGUUUUUAUUUCCUAAAAUUUGGAUUUUGAUUGCAGUGUAGUUACUUUUAUCCUCCUCCUUGUUAUUUACUUAUUUUGACCCAGUCAUCUCAUGUACCUACAGAACCAGGCUUCCUCUUUAGAUAAACACAAUAAAGAAGCCAGCAGAAAUUUA